AUGGCCAUGCAAACUCUGUAUCUUAAAGAACAUGAUGGGAUUGUACAUAAUCCCAUGGGGCAGUUGGCAUCAGUACCAACGCUGCCUUGGUGGAGUGCUUUAGGAUCUCAAUCCGUUUAUGGGGAAUCUUGUGGCCAAUCCAAGACUUUGUUGAUGGAACAUCCCUCUAGUGGAGACCAACUCACUUCUACUAAACAAGCUGGGAGGGCUACCGAACAACAACUGAAUAAAGCAAAUCCUACUCAGUUCACUAUAUUCCCUGGUGAUUUCAAAAAUUCAGGGGAUGGACAUAAACCUCAGGCAGUCAUCUCUCUGCAAUCAGCUCCUUCUGAACAUCAUGCUCGCUUUGAACUAGGAUUUCGUCAGCCCAUGGUCUGUGCAAAAUACCCCUACGUGGAUCAAUGCUAUGGAGUUUUCUCAACUUAUGGACCUCAAAUUUCGGGUCGUGUUAUGCUGCCAUUGAAUAUGGCAACAGAGGACGGACCAAUAUAUGUAAAUGCCAAGCAGUACAAUGGAAUCAUUAGGCGUCGGCAGUCUCGUGCAAAGGCUGUACUUGAGAAUAAAGUGACCAAAGCAAGGAAGCCAUAUAUGCACUACUCACGCCAUCUGCAUGCAAUGCGCCGGCCAAGGGGAUGUGGCGGCCGUUUCUUGAACACAAAAAGUUCAAACAGUGGCAAAGAUGGAAUUAAGAUGAGCAAAGCUGCUCAAGGAAAACUUUCGCACUCUGCAGUUUCACAAAAUUCUGAAGUCUUGCAAUCUGACAGUGGAACCUUGAACUCGUCCAAGGAAGCAAAUGGAGGAGGCUCAACUCUUUCAGGGUCAGAGGUGACCAGCAUGUAUUCCAGGGUAGAUCUUGAACACUUCCCAAUCAAUCAUCUUGGACUGUCUGUCCACACUCUCCCACGCAUGGUGGACAAUGGGCGUGGUACUGUUAUGCCCAGCAAGUGGGUUGCAACAGGAGAUAACUGUUGCAACCUUAAAGUUUGAUACCGAGGGGAUUAGUGGGAUUGGUGCUAAGUUCGUUGCACCUGCCCACUUUCCCUGGAGCAACCAAAUGGAGGAACUUUGUUGCAUCAGCUGUUGUGGUUUUUGCAACAGGUUUUGGUUCCCUGGAUAGUCCAGCCGCCAUUUGGUUAUUUAGGCAAAUCAUUCUUGGCUCAUCUUAUCUAAAGCUCUUCCUUACAACUCCGCGCAGAACUGCUGUCUUGGGGUGGUGGAUGAUGCUCAAACCUUAAUAUAAGAAAUGGAUCAGACUAUAAAUGGGGUGUUUCCACUGAUCCGGUAGAACUUGAAUGUUUGAUUAUGUGCUUGUAAUCCUAAAUUUGUAGAAUUGUGGUGUUCCUGAAGUAUGCUAUCUACUGUUUGUCAUGCUUGAGAAAUAAUAUAUUGUAGAAUAUUA